ACUGGCUGCCAGAUGCGAUUGCUUCUGCCGGCGCCCGGAUCGUGUGACUGAAUGUCGCCAUUGUGUUGAAGACGAAAGGAGGAGACAACGCAGGAUCUACCGCAUUGGAGAAGACACCGAAGUUGCACAGCAAACAUGAAAACACUCUGCAUCCUUUGCUUUACUCUCGUUUUUCUCGGCUAUUGUCAGGCUGCACAGGAGAGUGAUAAUUUGUUGCCGGCAUGGCAGCAAGGAGACAAGAGUGCAUGGGAGCUGUUCACUUACAAACAGCAGAACGUAACCUGGAUAGAUGGAAGCGAAGUCCUAGCUGCUGAGUGUAAGAAGAAGUCGACACCCCCCAGUCCCGACCACACGUUUUGUCCGUGUGACGCUGUCUCUCGGUUCAUCAAAAUUGACGCAACCAAGUCGUAUGAAUUCAGCAUCUUCGUCAAAUCGACGGACUCGGACAUAGAGAAUUCAUUCGGCUUCUAUGUUUACAACGAAAACCAAGCAAAAAUAGACGGUAACUGGAAAAACUCAAAAUUCAAAAUAAGUGAACACAGACAUAAUAUAUGGACAAGAUGGACAGCUUAUGUUCUGCCUCAUUUCGUCUCUGACAUCAACAAUACCGGCAUGUUUAAUGUACAUUACACCAAUGGGCAAGACUGGAUUUGGCCAAGUACUGCUGAGUAUGUCACUUUGCGAUUUCAAUCAUGUCAUGAGAGCUUUCAUACUGGCAUGGAAGGUGAAAGUGGUGAAGAUGGUCAUGAUCUACUGAGUAUGGAGGGUCCGGAGCGUCCAACUGAGGAUGACUUUGAUAAUCGUAUGGAUGGCGAUCAUGUUAAUAGAACUUGGUAUGCCCGUCCAAGUGUUCAAGAAAUAGGCUAUGUGCAACGUGCAUUGCCUCGACAUGAUGAAAAGGUCAGGACAUUUGACAUUGCUGAUGAACAAGACUGGGUGUCUGUACCAAAUUACAUUGGGAAGGCAUCUGUAAGAGGACAACACACCGCCAUAGCAAUGAACAUGGAGCAAGGGACAAAGUGUUACUAUCCAUGGGGCAUUACAUCUUACGUUCUGAUCGAUCCAAAAAAGAGAUACGAGCUCAGCGUGUGGAUCAUGAGUACAGCAAAUGAUCUCAACAACUUCCUUGGCUUUCAAGUAUUUGACAAAGAAUUCAACAUCCUCGAAGCCAAUUCCAUUGGUGACCAACAUUAUGAAUACCAUCACAAUUUCGGAGUCAUAAAACCAUAUUUCAAAAGAUCCGAGGACGACCCAACCACAUGGAAUCGAUGGAAUGGAUUUAUACUCCCGCAAGAGUCGAAUCCCGAAUGUCCACCUGAUGACGUUCCCCCCUAUUUCAGUAAAGGAGUAGACUGGGUGUGGCCAGACGAUGCCAUGUAUAUUCAAUUGAGAUUUGGCGCUUGCUAUGGUGAUGGAGACAAUAAAGGGAAGACCUACUUUGCUCUUCCUCGACUGAUCGAGUCCGAUCUGCACCCCUAAGACCUGCGAUAUGGUACACUGUACUUCUGUCUCACAGUAACAGUAAAGAUUAGCGCUGCUAGUGUAUGGAGCACGUGUUGUGUGGUCUAGUUUCACUGCAUUCAGAUGAGUUUGUGAGCAAUGCAUAUGAAAA